AAAAAUCAGUCUUUGGCCUGUUUCUUGUGACGACAGCCACUGUACUUCUAGCAUUUGUCAUCAUGGGUCAAUCACCAUCUACCCCUCUAUCCGUUGUUUUACAGCAUUUUAAAGAUGUCAGGUCCAGAGGGUCGGACCUCAGUGUAAAUAAAAAAUCCCCUCUAAUCACCUUUUGUUCCUCAGAGUGGCCGAAGUUCGGAGUUGGUUGGCCCCCGGAGGGAACUUUUGAUUUACAGAUUGUCCGUCGCGUAAAGGAAAUCAUCACCAGUGAAAAAAAAUUCGGACAUCCUGACCAACUCCCGUAUAUCUUAGUCUGGCAAGAUCUAGCAGAACCCCCUGCUUGGUUAAAGCCAUUUUUGUCGUUACAGGCACAACCCGUACUGCCGGCUAAACUGCUUGGGUCCCACCCCAACACGUCGGCACCUGCGGUUAUCCAAGAUUCUACCCCGGAGGAACUUCUAUUUCCACCACCCUAUCAUAACCCUUGUAGUAACCCUCCCCAACUCCUGCGGUCGGCUGACCACCCUCCCCCAGAGGCGGGCGGGGCUCGUGGGCAGGGUCCGGCGGCAGGCACCCGCUCAGUGAAGGCGAAUUCCCCGGAUUCCACCGUGCUGCCCCUGCGUGUGGCAGGAUUGCCUAAUGAGCAGGGCAACCAGCCCAUGCACUACUGGCCGUUUGCGACCAGUGACCUCUACAACUGGAGAGCACAAAAUGCACGUUUCUCUGACAACCCUAAAGACCUUGUUAAUCUCCUAGACACUGUUCUAUUUACUCAUCAGCCCACCUGGGAUGAUUGCCAACAGCUCUUGCAGGUCCUCUUCACCACUGAGGAGCGAGAUCGUAUACUGACGGCCGCCAGGAAAUUAGUCCCUGGAGAAGAUGGCACACCCACCACAAACGCGGCCCGCAUAGAUUUAGUGUUUCCCUUGACCCGACCUGACUGGGAUUUUAACCAGGCUGAAGGUAAGGAGAGACUCCGGGUGUACCGCCAGACUCUAAUGGCAGGGUUGCGUGCAGCAGCCCGCAAGCCCACCAAUUUGGCCAAGGUAGGGGAUGUGCAGCAGGGAAGGGAGGAGACCCCCGCGGCUUUUCUAGAACGCCAUGAAGCUUUUCGGCAAUAUACUCCUAUGGAUCCGGAGGCAACGGAGAACAGGGCCGCGGUGGUAAUGGCCUUUGUUAACCAGGCGGCUCCUGACAUUACAAAACUACAAAGAAUAGAUAGGCUGGGAGAAAAAUCUAUUCGAGAUCUUAUGGAGGUGGCAGAAAAGGUGUACAAUCGCCGUGAAACUCCUGAGCAAAGAGAAGACCGCAUCCGCCAGGAAGAACGGAAGGUAAGGGCGGCUGAAAACGCACGCCACACUCGGGAUAUGGCCAGAAUCCUGUUCGCCGUCACUCAAAAGGACAACCCGGGUAAGCUACACCCCUCCCGCCGCCCCAGCUCCACAGGGACAGGCAGGACCCUACAGCGUGAUCAAUGUGCAUACUGCACUCAAAAAGGACACUGGGCCAAACAUUGCCCAAAGAAACGGGGAAUAACCUCAAACAACCCCGCCGUUUCUGACACUCCUGUCCUGGUGCUCGGGGGCACAAGAGAUGACAGUGACUAGGACCGUCAGGGCUCGACCCUCCCCGAGCCCCGGCUAACCUUAAAAGUGGAGGGGAGACCCGUUAAUUUCCUUGUGGACACGGGGGCACAGCAUUCAGUCCUCACGGAACCCUUGGGUAAACUUUCCGGUAAAACUUCGUGGGUGCAAGGGGCUACGGGAUGCAAGCAGUAUCCCUGGACCACGAAAAGAUCUGUAGACCUGGGAAAAGGUCAGGUCUCGCACACCUUCGUUGUAAUUCCUGAAUGCCCGUACCCAUUAAUUGGAAGAGACCUUUUAACCAAGGUAGGAGCGCAAAUCUCAUUUGGACAGGAAGGUGUUGAAAUCAAGGACUUUAAGGGCUCUCCCUACAUCCUCACGAUUUCCCUUCAAGAUGAGUACCACCUUUUGGUGGCGCCAGAUCACCCACCCCUUUCUGGGUGGUGGAUGGAAUCUUUCUCGAAUGUUUGGGCAGAAACCGGGGGCGUUGGCCUGGCGUCCCACAGACCACCCAUUAUAGUCCAGCUAAAGCCUGGGGCUGAACCCAUUCGGGUAAAACAGUACCCUAUGCCUGCAGAAGCCAAGGCAGGAAUAACGCCUCAUAUUCGGAGGCUAUUGGACAGUGGUAUCCUUAAAACAUGCCAUUCGUCAUGGAACACCCCUUUGUUACCGGUGCGAAAACCACACUCGCAAGACUUCAGGCCGGUACAGGACCUCAGAGAAGUAAAUAAACGGGUCAUAGAUAUCCACCCCACAGUCCCAAACCCUUAUACCUUGCUGAGUGCCUUGCCACCUACUCAUGUGUGGUACACAGUAUUGGACUUAAAAGAUGCCUUCUUUAGUCUACCACUAGCACCCCAAAGCCAGGAAAUGUUUGCCUUUGAAUGGCAGGAUGCGGAACGGGGCAUCAGUGGACAAUUAACUUGGACAAGGUUGCCUCAAGGGUUUAAAAACUCUCCCACUUUUGACGAGGCCCUUCAUGAGGAUUUAAGAAAAUUCCGCAGCCGAUUUCCCGAACUAACUUUGCUCCAGUAUGUUGAUGAUCUGUUACUUGCAGCGGAAAGUGAGCAGGCCUGCCGAACAGGAACAGCCGAAUUACUGACGGAACUGGGCCAGAUGGGAUACCGCGUCUCCGCAAAAAAGGCACAAAUUUGCCUGCCCGAGUUACCGACACCCACCAAAAAGGAGGUACGUGAGUUCCUGGGAUCUGCUGGGUUUUGCCGGCUAUGGAUACCUGGAUUCGCAGACCUGGCCCAACCCUUGUAUGAGGCUACCCGGGAAAAAGUAACUUUUCAGUGGACUCCCCAGAUGCAGCAGUCCUUUGAGUCCUUAAAGAGGGCUUUACUGUCUGCACCAGCCCUGGGUCUUCCGGACAUUACAAAGCCUUUCCAUUUGUUCGUAGAUGAGGCAAAGGGCAUAGCUAAAGGGGUGCUCACUCUCCUUGGCCCCUGGAGGCGUCCUGUGGCUUAUCUGUCUAAAAAGUUAGACCCGGUGGCGUCCGGCUGGCCACCGUGCUUACGCAUGGUGGCAGCGGCUGCCCUCCUUUUCAAGGACUCCCAAAAACUGUCUCUGGGACAAGUUACUUCCAUAAACCCCCAUGCGGUGGAAGGAGUCCUCAGGCAGCCGCCAGAGAGGUGGAUGAGUAAUGCCCGAAUCACGCAUUACCAAAGCCUAUUGCUCAACCCAGAGAGGGUCAAUUUUUCGCCACCCACGGGGCUAAACCCCGCCUCCCUCCUACCUGCCCCUGACCUGGAGGCCCAUCUAGACUGUGUUGAUAUCUUGGCCCAGGUCCAAGGGUUACGCCCUGAUCUGCGAGAUAACCCUCUGCCGGACGGACUGGUUUGGUUUACGGAUGGGAGCAGUUUUAUCCACGAGGGCCGAAGAGCGGCAGGGGCGGCAGUGGUGUCCAUGCAGGAAGUCAUAUGGGCUGAGCCUUUGCCAUCCGGGACGUCCGCUCAAAAGGCUGAACUAAUUGCCCUAACCAAAGCUCUCACCUUGGCUCGAGGGAAAAAUUUAACUGUGUAUACUGACAGCAGAUAUGCAUUUGCCACGGCCCACGUACACGGGGCCAUAUAUCGAGAGCGCGGGCUCUUAACCUCCGACGGCAAAGGCAUUAAAAACGCUCAAGAAAUUAUGGAUCUCCUGGCAGCGCUGUGGCUACCACGUAAGCUGGCUAUAGUACAUCAUCCAGGUCAUCAAAAGGACUCCUCGACUCCAACUCAAGGUAAUAAGCGGGCGGAUGAGGCAGCACGCCAAGCUGCCCUAAUGCCGGUAGAUGCCCUGACAGUAAAACUCCCAGACCCAGGGGACCCGCAGCUGCCGGAAGACCCAGAGUAUAGUGCUAUGGACUUUGACUACAUACAGUCUCUACCGGGUGCUUUUUCUUUGGGACACUGGUGGUACACCCAAGAAACUAAGGCCAUCUUGCCAGCACACUUGGCCACUGAUCUCAUUCAGCGCUUGCACCGAGCCACGCAUUUGGGAGAGAGAAAAAUUCUAACUCUAAUCAGGCAAUAGAACCUCCAUGUCCGGGACGCAACCUGUACCGUGCGACAAGUAGUGGCAUCCUGCCAGUCGUGUGCCAUGGUAAACGCCACCAAGACAACCGGUGAACCAGGAAUGAGGCCGCGAGGAACGCGCCCGGGGGUCCAUUGGGAAAUAGACUUCACCGAGGUAAGACCAGGUAAAUUUGGCUAUCGAUACCUGCUGGUCCUGGUGGACACGUUUUCCGGAUGGCCGGAGGCGUUCCCGACAAGAGGUGAGUCAGCUCGAGUGGUAGCCAAAAUCCUGUUGGAAAACAUUUUUCCUAGAUUUGGGUUUCCAGUGACCAUUGGGUCAGACAAUGGACCAGCCUUUGUCUCUCAGGUAUCGAAAUCUGUGGCUUCUGCCCUGGGAGCAGAGUGGAAGCUCCAUUGUGCCUAUCGGCCCCAGAGUUCAGGGCAGGUGGAGAGAAUGAACAGAACUUUAAAAAAAACUUUAACUAAAUUAACUUUAGAGUCUGGCGGGGACUGGGUGACUCUCCUUCCCUAUGCCCUCUUCCGGGCUCGCAAUUCCCCUUAUCGUCUGGGUCUGUCUCCGUUCGAGAUUAUCUAUGACCGCCCCCCAACCACACCGCACGGUGCGCAGUUAGCUUGUGAUUUGCCUUCUGAUUGUGAACUUUUUCUUUCUGUGUGGGCUGUACAGCAGGCUCACCAGGAGGUCUGGCCCCGCCUCAGAGCGCUCUAUGAAGGGGGAGGACCUUCUCAGACAGCCCACAAAUUUCAGCCUGGAGAUCUUGUCCUUGUCCGCCGACACAAGACCGACGGUCGUGGCCUCCAGCCCCGGUGGAAGGGUCCCUACAUCGUCCUCCUGACCACACCCACCGCACUCAAAGUGGACGGCAUCGCGGCCUGGGUUCAUCACUCACACGUCAAGACGGCACCAACUGACGACUCCCAGCUGCAGUGGCGAGCCCGGAAGCAUCCCACCAAUCCACUCAAGCUGACUCUUCAGGCGCUCCCGGCUACAACCCAUCGCUCCCAGACCACUGCCCACGCCGUGAAAAAUGACACCAAACUGUAAUGUUGGCUACCUACUGUCCUUCCUUUGUUUUCUCCUUGUCGGGGCUGACUGGGAUCCCUGCCGACGGUGCAUCACCGAAGGCAUAUUCGGUCAUAUUCAGAGCAAGUGCUAUGUUAGUAAGCGUGCUUGCAGCCUUAAGGGAGUUCCUCUGUUUGUGGCGACCCUGAUUAAGGGCACCACCCAUGGAUGUCCAGGUACAGUGGGAAGGGUGGUCUGUUGGAAGCGUUUAAAUCAAAUGCCGCCUAAAAAUGAAAGUUGCAAUCACUGUAAAGAG